GGGAGACUUGUCUUGAAACUAGUCUUGCGCAUAAACCCUCCUUGGUUCACACACACCGUACAUUGAUUUGAACUCCUGGUCCAAGAACAUGAUUGCCCUCGCAAUCAUCGUCGUCGUUCUUACGCAUCCGCAGUUAUGGGAUCCGGUCGAAUGCGGAUGCAGCUAUCCUGCAUGCGGAGCGGGUGUGACUAACAACCUGAAAGAGAAAAUAACGCACGGACAUCGUGUCCUCAGCUGCAAAUACCAACCGGAACCUGACCAGAGUUGCCCGUGCUAUAAUACAGAAACAGACGGGACAUCCUGUAUGGCCAUGGGUUAUUCUGAGAAGGGCGCGUGCUUCAGAGGGGAAUGUCUCGACUCAACCAACUACCACUCUAGGAAAAGGGGACAGCAGAUGAACUAUAAUCAACCGUGCCCAGUUCCGUCGGAUUAUAUGUACGGAACAGUUGUAGCCACGACAUGGUAUUACGGCUGCAAAUAUUAUUGCAAGACCAGGCCUCACGACGUUGUCAAUCAUCCUGAUGGAACUCGCUGUAGGAUCCCAUGGAAGGCACCUGCUGGUUAUUGUAAACAAGGCUAUUGCGAGAAGAUUAAUUAUGACUGGUGAUAUCCAGAGGUAGCUUUGGUUGUCAAAGCCUCUAAGGAAUAAAACCUAUUUGCAUCCUUG